CGGCAAUCACGUGACGAAGGGGUUGAGCCAUCGCGGCCAUGGCUGAAUCCUCGGAAAGAAAUGACUUGAGUGACUUCAUUAAAUGUGCGAUAUGUUUGGAGAUUUACAAAAAGCCAAAAUGUCUUCCAUGCUUGCAUUCGUUUUGUGAAACUUGUUUGCAGAUGUAUAUAACCAGUGAGGUUCAAAAUCAAGCGAAAAAUACCGACGAAUCGAAAUCGAAAGUAGACGAAACGCCGAGGGAAUCUGGAUUUCGAUGUCCUACAUGCAGGAACUUUGUAGACAUCGAUGAUGAAUUGAAAAAUGCGUGGAUCCAAAAGUUACCAGACAAUUUCUUUAUUGUAAGUUUGAUAGACAAAUAUUCUAUUCAAUCCGAGAGUAAAAUCUGCGAUGCUUGUAUAUUUAACGGGAAAACAGAACUUGCUGUUACUUGGUGUUCAGAUUGUAGGGAGGCACUAUGUCAAAAAUGUCAGAGCCACCACAGAAAAUUCAAAGCAUUUCGCAACCAUUCAUUUCUGAAAUUAAGUGUGACAACACAACAAAAUGUGACAUCAUUCAGUGGUUUUAUCCCAUGUCCUGAUCAUUCAUCUUCACCAGCACAGGUGUUUUGUGCUGACCACAAGGCCGCCUGCUGCACUCUGUGUGCGACGAUUCGUCAUAGAAAAUGCUCCGAUAUAUUGACUUUAGAAGAUGCUUCGAACGGAGUUAAAGACGGAAAAGUAACUCAAGAUUUAAGAAAGAGGUUGGAUGAUUUAACUGAGAAUAUAAAGAAAAAGAUUUCGAACAGAGAAGAUUCGCAGGAAAAAUUGAAAGUCUCAAAAGAAUGCACUGAAAAAGAAGUGACUACUGUUUUCAAUGAAACCAUAGCUCAUUUAGAAACCCUAAGGUCAUCAUUUAUGCAAGAACUUCAAACUUAUGAGCAAAGCAUGUCCAAAACACAUGACGAUGAAAUUUCAAAAUUGUCCCAUCUGUUGACAAGGGUUUUGUUACAAAGGAAUCUACUUGAUGUAUCAAUUGCUCAAGGAUCGAAUGAAGAAUGCUUAGUUAAUAUAGAAAACAUAAGGAGAACAGAAAGUCAGAUUAAAGAUGAGUGUGAUGUUUUCUCCUACAAAGCAUCUAAUGGUAGAAUAUCAUUCACCACUAAUUCUGAAUUUCGAGAUAUCAGAUCAAAUUUAAAAACUAUUGGAAAAUUCAUCUUGAUGGAAAAGUGCUUAUGCAUGCAGACGGGACAAAUCAAACUGCUAAAGAAGGAAUCUUCUUGUAUUGGGAACGAUAUUUGUAAUGCCAUUUUUGACUUUCAGAAUAAUGUUAUCAUCACAGAUUAUGAAGGUAAAAGAAUUUCGGUGUAUGAUUAUUCCCUGAAUAAGAAAUCAUCAAUUUCAGUUGAUGAUUGUCCAAGGGACAUAACAAUAGAUAAAUCUGGACGCAUAUUUGUUUCCUUACCACAAUUACGAAAAGUAGUUGAAAUUAAUUUGAAGACUAACACUGUCCAAGAGAUGUUUCAUACGACGGUUGACUGCUGGGGAAUAUGCUGGAUGAAUAAUGAUUUUUACAUUACUAGUGGUACUGUUAUUCAGAUAUACUCUUCUGAUGGAACGAAAAAAGAAGACAUAGAGACUUCCGAUACAUGGAUGAUUUCUGGGAAAGAAAAUGCAGGUUCUAUUAUGUAUUCCAAACAAGAGACAGUUAUAGAAAGAUCAGUAAUUUCUAAAAGUGAAAAGAAAUUACAUACAUUAUCUGGUGCAGGUCUGCGUGGUAUUGAUACUGACUACGAGGGCAACAUAUAUACAGUAGGAAUGAGCAGCAACAAGCUUUACCAGCUGUCCUCAGACGGUACUUUGCUACGAGAAGUAGACUUAAAAGAUUUUGAAUUAAAGGGGACCCCUUGGAGUGUCCGUCUGAAUGACAAGAACAAAUUUGUUAUAACAACAAGAAAGGGAUGUGUUGCUUUGUUUGAAAUAACACCAGGUCCUAUUGAACAAGAGGCCUAAAGAGCAUAUACGUGUAAAAUAAAAUCCCAAUAGUGGCGGUCGCCCUACCCUGGUCAUGGAACGACCAAACUUCAAUAUACUGUUAUACACUGCAUAUGGACUCUAGCAUACUAAUUUGACAUAUUAUAUUUUUUGGUUAUUGACAAUAAAACUUGCAUUGAGAAUCUUCCUAAUAUCCCCAUAUAAACAUUGAAUUGCUGUUGUGGCCCUGUCUCGAGCAGUGUCACAGAUUGACCGAGUUCUUGUCAAAGUAAAUAUAAAAGAAAUGACACACUGCACAACACUUUACAAUAUAUAUAUUUUUCUCCACUUUUACAGAAUGUAUUUAUUAAAGGUUCUAAUAACACG